AUGGUUUUGCACCGUGCCGACGUGUUGCACCGUUCCUGGCUGCAUCUCGCAGCUGUGCCAGCUCCAGCGCGUGCCAGCGCCAUGGCUGACGUGGAGCUCCAAGACGGCUGGGAGAAGAGGGAGAGCCGGAGCCAGCCUGGAACGUUUUACUAUGUGCAGCCGGAGACGGGGAAGACUUCCGUGGAGGCCCCUGCGAAGAAGCGGAAGGUGGCGCCCUGGCCGACGCUGCCCGAUGCCAGCAAAAACGAGACGAGCAAGGGCCUCUUUGACGACUUGCCCGACGCGUCGCAGGACACCGUGCCCGCGGUGAAGUCCCAACACGUCCCUCAGGUGGAGAAGCCAGUUACCAGCAUUCGCUGCCUUCACAUUCUGAAGAAGCACACCAAGUCCAGGAGACCCAGUUCGUGGCGAGAAAAGGUCAUUACGCGCACCCUGGAAGAGGCGACCUACCAACUCAAGGAAUUGAGAAAAGGCCUCGAGGCGAAGGCUACGACCAAGGAGCGACAGACCGAGUUCGAGCGGUUGGCGCGGAAAGAGUCAGACUGCGGCUCUGCGCGCGAAGGCGGCUCCUUAGGCAAAUUCGGCCGCGGGCAGAUGCAGAAGCCUUUCGAGGACGCGGCAUUUGCAUUGGAGGUGAAUCAGAUGAGCAGCUCGGCAUGGCUUCGCAACCUGGAACGUGUCAUAUGCCUUCCGUGCUGGCUCACCCUGGAUGUGCCCUUGGCCAAUUCGGGGAAUUCAGGAACUUUGAUUUGUUCAGUCGGGCACAGAUGA